AUGCCCAGAUCAGUCCAUAGAUUCAAUACUCUCUUGUCCGACCAGCCCCUGGCCAUCAACGUCACGCGCACGCUUCCCUACCCGCGCGAGAGGCUCUACGACCUCAUCGCCGACGUCGACUCGUACUCCCAGUUCCUGCCGUACUGCCAGCACAGCCGCGUGACGGCAUGGUCUCGGCCGGACGACACAGCAGCAGCAAUAGCAGACCCGCAGCACAGGCAGCGGCGGUGGCCAGUCGAGGGCGAGCUGACCAUCGGCUUCGGACCCGUGACGCAGUCCUACACAAGCAGGAUCGUCUGCGUGCCGGGGCGGAGCGUCGAGGCGCUGAGCGGGAAGGACGAGCCCGAGGUGGCGCGCAAGGACGGCGAGGGGAAGAACCCGUUCAAGAGGCUGGUGACCAAGUGGACGGUCGAGGAUGCGCCGGUGCCCAGGGCAGCUGGUGGUAAGCCGGGAGAGGACGGGGAGGCGUGGACCAAGGUUGAUCUGGACCUGAGCAUGCGGCUGGAGGACCCGCUGGUCCAGGUUAUGCUGUCCAAGGUGGUGGACGAGUCGGCUGCCAAGAUGAUUGAUGCCUUUGAGCAGCGGGCGAGGCAGCUGUUUGGCUCGGCGCGGUGA